AUGCAACGUUUUGCGGAUAUUCCUGGAGAACCAAUACGAAUGCUCGGACCUAUUCAAGGCUAUGAAAAAAUGCCACUCGUCUCACUAGAACACGCAGUGGAGCCGCUCGAAUCCUAUGUACCUGAUGUCAAACGAAUGGUAUGGAUGGUAAAACAAAAUUGUGGUUCACCUGCUGAUGGCUUGACCGCUGAUCAAUCAGCAUCGAUUAUGCUCUACACGUUGGAAUGGACACCUAGAGAGCGCUCAUUCUACUUUGCUUUCAAUGGAGUCUUGCGCUCUGAAGAUCGAAACAAGCUGAAACCGUGGUUUUUGUACUUAAAAUUACUAAUUAUUUCACUAUCAAAACUUCCCUCUAGUCUUCGUACCGUUUAUCGAGUGAUUCUUCACAUUUUAGCUAAUGCUCGAUGGACACCGAAUGGAGUAACGGUUGCAGGAGGUCGUGGGGCAGGUAACACCACUGAUCGACUCAGCAAACCUUACAGUCUCUUCGUCACCAAUGACCAAACGGUAGUCAUUGCGGACACGGACAAUCAUCGCAUCGUUCAAUGGAAGAUCAAUGAUACGAAUGGACAAGUCGUAGCUGGUGGUCAUGGUAAAGGAAAUGGAUUGAAUCAGUUGAAUUGUCCCACCGAUGUACUGGUCGAUAAAGAGACAGAUAGUCUCAUUAUCUGUGAUCGAUGGAAUCGACGAGUUAUGCGAUGGUCUCGUCAGCGUGGCACCAGCCAAGGGGAAAUUCUUGUCGACAACAUCCUUUGUUGGGGAUUGGCAAUAGAUAAUCAAAGAUAUCUUUACGUUUCUGACAACGAAAAACAUGAAGUGAGACGAUUUCAAAUAGGAAAUAAGAACGAAACUAUAGUGGCCGGUGGAUAUGGCAAAGGUUCUGCCGUCAAUCAACUCAGUGAGCCGAGAUAUAUAUUUGUCGAUCAACAACAGGCUGUGUACGUGUCAGACAAAAACAAUCACCGUGUGGUUAAAUGGAAUAAAGGAGCCGAAGAAGGAAUUAUUGUAGCUGGGGGUAAAGGCAAUGGAGAGGCUCUCACACAAUUGUCACACCCUAGUGGAUUGUUCGUCGAUAACUUGUGUACCGUCUACGUAGCAGAACAAUGGAAUCAUCGAGUGAUGCGUUGGACAGAAGGAGCGGCUCAGGGAACUGUCAUUGCAGGUGGAAAGGGUGAAGGGCAAAAAGAAAAUCAGUUUUACACUCCCAUGGGUUUAUGUCUCGAUCGACAUGGUCAUCUCUACGUUGCUGAUUGUGACAAUCACCGAGUACAACGAUUUUCUAUUGAACAGACUCAUUAA